AUGAAUAUUUUAAAGUUGAUUAAUAGAAAAAAUUAUUUUACUUAUAAUACAAAAAGAUAUCAUUUAAAUUAUAAAUUAUAUCUGAAAUUCAAGCAAUGGAACUAUUUGAAAAAAGAAAUGAUUAAUUAUUUUAAUUCUAACUAUAAAGUAGACACAACAGUAGAUUUAGAAGCUAAAUGCUGGGAGAAAUUUAAGAAAAAAGAAUUAAUUCAAGCACAUGGUUAUAUUCCAGCAAUAAUAUGGAAAUAUGGUUGUGAAGAAAGAAUUUGCAUAAAGCAUAAAUUAAUUGAUGAAUAUGCAUUUGAAGAAGAAGAUGGACAUUUGUCUUUAUUGUUUUCGGCGAGAUUGUUCAGAAUUCACCUUAAAGGAAAAAUUAUUGAAUGUGUUGUAUCACAUGUUGAAGCAGAUCCUAAAAAUAAAAUAACAGAAUUAAAUAUCCCAUGUAGUUUAGUGGGGCUCAUUGGAUGUCCAGCUUAUAUUAAUGGCUAUCAUGUUCAAUUAGCCUUAAAUUAUAUUAAAUGCAAAAUAAUAGGAAAUAAUAUACCUCCUCCUUUUCAAAUUGAUGUUUCAAAGUUAACAUAUAAAGAACCAUAUAACUCAAUUAAAUUAAAAGAUUUAAUGUAUUUAUUGCCACAAGAUGGAAAUGUUGUUUUUUCUGAGGAAUAUAAUUUAGAUGAAACAGAAGUAGUAUGGACAUAUGAACCUGGGAAGAUUCCUGAAACACCUUUACCAGAUGAUUACAUUGAUCCUAAUUUUUUGAACAAGAAAGGUAAGAGAAUUCAGUUAACAUACAAAGACUAUUGGCCAAAGCAAUAA